AACAAAGCGACACGCCGUCCCCACCCGCCAGUCCACGCGCAAGCUUCCACGCGAAAACAUCUACUGGAAUAAAUCCAGAAAAUUAUAAAGUGCAUACGCAAAUUUAAGGAUUUCCCUUUUCCCGUCGUAACCUAAGAUAUAACUAAAUCAACAUGUCUGAGCAAACGACACUCGCUGCUGGCCAACAGCUGGUCAAGAAGACAAUGGAUGAGAUGAUCCAGCAAAAGCAGACCACAGAGAAGGUUACCAUUCAAGCGAGACAGGAGUUCCGUGAAAGCUACCAGGAAAGCUAUGAGGAGGAGUUUGAGGAGCACACAUUUAUUGAUGAGCAUGGUAAUGAGACAACGAAGAGGAUGGAGUCCAGCAGUGAGAGCUCGGAACACCAGAAGAGCGCUGACGUCCGGGUGAAAGCGACCGGACUCAACGCCUCUCAGAUGCAAGCCCUCACAGACUGCGCAAACCAAGCAGGACAGCUAGCUCUGGAUUCCAAGGCAGCAAACUGAAUAUGUUCUGUUGAAAGACAAGUGUGGUGGCUUCUAAGAGUGAUAAAGACUGUGUCCAGUGUUCCUUAUUUUAUGUUAUAAUAAGCUAAAAUUUAUAAGAAUGAAAUAAAUCUAUUGAAAGGAAA